CAAGGUGCCAAAGACUGUGGUAUGAGGGGUAAAACGCUUCGGUUUAUAGGUAGCUUCCUCACAGACAGAAUGUUUCAAGUGAAAAUCGGAAAAACAAGGGGACCAGAGAUGUCCAACAGCAAGGGGGUCCCACAAGGGGCUGUAAUAUCACCAACCCUCUUUAACAUGGUGAUGGCUGGUCUUCCAGCCAGACUCAGACGCGUUACGGGCCUUGGAUUUACUAUAUAUGCCGACGACAUCACCUUAUGGACAAAGGGAAGAGCAAUGGCUAACCAGGAACAAACCAUGCAGCAAGGGACAGAUGAAGUCCUCGAGUAUCUCCAGAAUGUCGGCAUGCAAGCGCCGCCUGAAAAGACUCAAUUCAUGGUCGUGGCCAGGCCGAGAGAUCAUCGAAAAAGCGUCGCGGACCAAGUAGACUUACACAUCCAAGGACAGAAAAUAAAGAGAGAAAAGCAAAUAAAGAUACUCGGCGUGACGUUCGAAGAAACAGCCCGCAGUACGAAAUGGUUACCAGCUCUAGAAAAAUCAUGGGGACAGACUCUAAAGCUCUUGCGAAAGACGACAUCUAAGUCCUGGGGAGCCGAUGAAGGCACAAUCAGGAUUUUGACAAACGCGCUACUAACGGCUAAGGCGCUAUAUAGCUGUAAUUGGCUCAACCUAACCAAAACGCAAUGGAAGCGAUUAGAACGACUAAAUCACCGCACUAUGAGACUUGUCACAGGACUUCUCAAUUAUACAGCCCUGAAAGACCUAAAGAAAAAUGCAGGAGUGAACCAGAUUCAAGACCGGGCGGAGGUGCAGAGCAUAGCGCACUUUCAAAGGCUUGAGAGAACGAACCACGGCAGAAAGCUACUUGAAAUGAUGGGCUACGAGGCAGAGGGGAGACUUCCAUUGGAAGACCCGGCACCACCGUGGCAGGACACAAACAUCGUUGAUCAUCGACCCCUGCCCAGGGCGCAUAACCAAGGACGCAGAGCACGAGCGGCAACACAACACGCGAAGUGGUGCGACGAACACGCGCACGAAGAGGAAAUCAGAUACACGGACGCAUCUAAGACUGACAUAACCACGGUCACGGCUUGGAUCGACCCCAAGACAGGAAGAGAAAGCACCACAAGACUACCGGAAAACUCCUCCGUGCGCGAAGCAGAACUCAGGGCGCGGCUUGCUAUCACUUUCAAGUAG